CCUCCCAAUUCGAUCUCGAGUCCGUUUUUCCGCGAUGAGUAAGCUGUUUGGCGAUCUCUGAGAGAUCUCCUCCCCCUCGCAGCCGUUUUGGUCGGUUGAUUCUCUCUCUUCUCGGGAAACCCUAGUAAUCUCAGACGACCAUUACUGAGUUCCCUUGAAUUUCAGUACUAGGAAAGGGACAUCUGAUGGCUUCAAAAAGCAUCCAACAAAUGAAUGGAGGCAUCCUCUCUCCAUCAAAUGAUGCACUCAUCUACACAACAAUGUGUGUUGUUGGCCUGCCAGUGGAGGUUCAGGUUAAAGAUGGAUCCAUCUAUGCUGGCAUUUUCCACACUGCCUGCAUUGAAAGGGACUAUGGGGUUGUGCUGAAGAUGGCUAGGAUGAUCAGAAGAGGCAUAAACACUGAAGGUUUUGUUGGGGAAGCUAUCAUUGAUACCCUUGUGGUCCUUCCUGAGGAUCUUGUUCAAGUUGCUGCCAAGGGUGUUAUGUUGCCAUCAGAUGGGUACCCUGGAGAUAUUUUUAAUGAGGAUAAAGCGACAAUUAGUUAUGUUAGUGGAACUGUUCAACCUCCGAAUUUUGAUUGCGAGAGAGAGGUUAAGCUGAACAGUGCAAAAUUAGAUGAGGAUGACCGAAAGAGAUCAACACAGGAGGCUUUGGUGGAUGGACAACAAAAGUCUAUGAUCAAAUCUGAAGGAUGCGUAGAAGCUGGAAAUCACACUCGACCACCAGUUGAGAAAGCUAUAUCUAAUGGAUUCAAAACAACAAGUGUUUGUUCUCCAGACAACUCCGAGCAAACAAGUGGUGUCCCAUGCUCGGUGGAAGAGGCAUCAAGCACUGUCGAUAUGGAUGAUGAGAGGCAAGUCGUGCAAUACGGGUUACAGGAGGAGCAAAAUGCAUCUACCAACCGUCAAAGACAAUCUGAAGAAACUCUUGUACGUGGAGUUCAAUGUUCUGUUUCUCCGAACAUGGUGCAGAUGGUUCGGUCUGUGGUAGCUGAAAAAGUUCCUUGUGAGGUGCCAUUAGCAGAUGGAUGUUCUGGCUCAUCCUCACUAAGAAUUGAAAAGGUUGAGCAACUGAGGAAUACCAUCGUUACACCAUUGGAUGUUCCCUCUUCAAACCCUUCUACUCCAUCUCCUUCUUCUGCAGAUUUCCCUUCAGUUUCAUCCCUAAGUUCAGUUCCGUCUGCAACUGAUUCUGUAAUUUCAAAAAAUGCAAUCUGCAACCAGAGUUCCAAGGAAUUCAAGCUCAACCCUGGGGCCAAGAUCUUUUCACCAUCAUCUAUGAACCUGAGGACAUCAACUCCGACAGUUUCAAAUGUUGAUCAGGUUGUUGAUGUCUCUACACAACCUAUUGUAGAUGCUCAGCCAGGAAUUCAAUUUAAUCAUCCUAUAUCUCAUGCUGGUCUACCUGUGAAGUAUGCCCCGCACAGUAACUUAGCUGCUGGAAAUGGUGGAAGCUAUCCUCAGAAUCCCCAACAUGUUUUUGGACAUAUUAGUAGCAGAUCUCAGCCAAUUAGAUAUAUAGUUCAGUACAUGCCCCCUCAAGGAGGCAGUGUGUAUGUCCAUCCAAGUAAUCAAACGGUUAUGGUUGGCAGAAUGGGGCCAGUAGUUUAUGCACCUUCCAUAUCACAGGAUUCUGUUCAUGGAGUUUCAGCGCUCCCACAAGGGUUGGUGCGUCCCCUCUUGAGUGCACAUCAGCCUCUUCUGCCAAAGCAUCACGGAGCUGCAGCGCCGCCUGUGCAGUUAUGCAUGGCGCCACCAUUUGCACCUGGCAUCCACCAGCCUCUUGUAUUACCUAACCAUUUGCCAAUCUCACAACCAUUUCCUACAGUCCGUCCUGUUACUGUUGCAAGUGGCACCGGCAUUCUAGGCGGCAAAUUUGCCAUGUGAUUCUCGAGCAAAUUCACAAUUUUGGUUUCAUCCAAAUGAAAUUUUGAGAAUAGAAAAUAUUUUUUGUACCGUAGCAUAUGUCUUCAGUUUUAACAGUAGUAUAUAGCCGCGGAAGUGGUAUAAAACUUUCCUACUUCCUACAGCUUGUUGGAAGAAGGGAUAUUUUUUUUUUAGCUAUUUGAACUGGGUCGUGUUUGUGAACGUGGGAUAGGGAGAACUUUGUCGGAGACAUUCUGAACUUCUAAUGUUUCAUUUCUCUACUUGAAUUGAUGCAACUCUUUGAAAUAAAUAAGGAGAAUUUUUUUUUUUGAAA